GGCUCUGACAGCAUAUUGAAAGGAAACGGAGGAGGCAUGGGCCUCCUGAGGCCCAGGAAGUCCCUGGUUAGUAGCAUGUUAGUGAUACUCACUGUGGGGGUGGGGCAGGGAGGCUAUGAUGUGAAAGCAUUGUGGCCCCAUUCUGAGGCACAGGUUGUAUUCUUGGUGCAUCAUGGAGAAAACUUCCAACAAUUGCUUUACUAGAGGAUAUGAAUUAUGCCCAGGAAAUCCAGACCUUAUCACAAAGCAAGGGUAAUGGAAAUUUUGAUUGGUUCCUCUAGAAGUUGAGAUUUGAGGGGAGUGCCUGCAAAGAUGUGCAGAACUUGCAAUGCUUCAGGGCCAGGUUUAGCGUGGCUCCCUUGCUUCUCAGCAGGGUGGCAACAUCCAAGGCCCCUGGGUCCGAGGCUGGAAGAGCCUCUGGUCAGAUAUGGGGACCAUCAGGUCAGGUCUGGAAGAACUAUGGCAACUACAAGAGCAUCAAUGUCUGCACCAGAAGCCCCUAGAAGCGACCUCACUGCUAGUAGAGAAGCCUCUGUCUGAGUGGCCAGUGCCUCAGUUCAUCAGUCUCUUUCUACCAGAGUUUCCCAUGAGGCCCAUUAGGGGGCAGCAGCAGCUGAAGAUUUUAGGUCUUGUGGCGAAAGGCUCUUUUGGAACUGUCCUGAAGGUGCUAGAUUGUGCCCAGAAAGCUGUAUUUGCAGUGAAGGUGGUACCAAAGAUAAAAGUCCUACAGAGGGACACCCUGAGGCAGUGCAAAGAGGAGGUUAGCAUCCAGAGACAGAUCAACCAUCCUUUUGUACACAGCUUGGGGGACAGCUGGCAGGGAAAACGGCAUCUUUUCAUCAUGUGUAGCUACUGCAGCACUGAUCUGUACUCCCUGUGGUCUGCUGUUGGCUGCUUUCCUGAGUCUUCCAUCCGUCUCUUUGCGGCUGAGCUGGUUCUUGUGCUGUGCUAUCUCCAUGACUUGGGCAUCAUCCAUCGAGACGUGAAGAUGGAGAAUAUCCUUCUGGAUGAAAGAGGCCAUCUGAAACUGACAGACUUUGGUUUGUCCCGCCACCUGCCCCAGGGAACCCAAGCCUAUACUAUCUGUGGCACUCUUCAAUACAUGGCCCCAGAGGUCCUAAGUGGUGGGCCUUACAACCAUGCUGCUGAUUGGUGGUCCCUAGGUGUCUUGCUUUUCUCUCUGGCAACUGGAAAGUUCCCAGUGGCUGCAGAGAGAGAUCAUGUGGCCAUGUUGGCAAGAGUGACCCAUUGUGACUCUGAGAUCCCAGCUUCUCUUAACCAGGAGUUCUCACUCCUGCUUCAUGAGGUAAGGCUCCUAUGCCAGAACCCCCUCCACCGUCUACGUUAUCUACAUCAGUUCCAGGUCCACUCUUUCUUUCGGGGUGUGACCUUUGACCCAGAGCUCCUACAGAAGCAGCCAGUGGACUUUGUCAUGGAGACACAAGAUACUCAGCCAAGUCCAUUGGAGUCCAAGCUCUUCAAGGACUUUGACUGUGAUCUGGAGUCCUUCCUGGUCUACUCCAUCCCUGCUUGAUUGACCCUGUCCACUAUAGAUUGGGACCUAGCUGGGAACCUGAGGAUCUCCUCCACUACCAACUCAGUAUGACCACUUUGAUGAUCCAGUUUUUACUUUGUAGCCCCUUAAUAUUCUGUUCUUCUAGGCAUUGGUCCAGAGUUCAAAUUUUGGGCAUUCAGUUCCCCAUCAUACAACCCACCUCUCCAUUUAACAUCUCAGAUCAGGUAGUAACUUUUUUCCUUUGCUUCAUUUCUCCAGUGCUCUUAUCCUCAGUCUGUCAGCAAAAGGCUUCCUCUACUUUCCCCUCUCCUUGUUUUUCUGCCAUUUUUCUUUCUUGGGCAAUAAUGACACUUGAUGGGCUCCAAAGGUGCUAUUAAUAUGUUUAAUAGGCUAGUCAGUAGCAAAUAUGAAUGUUGUCCAAAGGCCUAAAAAGCUGGCAACUUAAUACCUAAAAUAUGCAGCUAAAAAAUAAGACUGGGAGUUGGGUGCAGUGAUGCAUGUCUGUAAUCCCAGCUACUUGGGAGGCUAAGGCAGGAGGUUUACAAGUUUGAGACCAGACUUGGCAACUUAAUGAGAACCUGUCUCAAAAUAAAAAAAGAGGUGGGGAU